CUGUUUGGUUGAUCAGAAAAUUUCUCAGCGGCACACCCAAAAGGAAAUAACUUUGCUUUUCUGCUUUUCCAAAGAGUCCCAGACCCAGAAAGCGAAAGGAAUUUUUUGCUUUUCUCACGAAACAACAAUGGGCAGUGAGAGCAAGGAUAAGGUUGGUGGUGAGAGUGGCAGAGGGCAGGGGAUGCCGCCGGCGACGAAGAAGGUUGUGCAGAGUCUGAGGGAGAUCGUUAACUGUACGGGAUGUACGGACCAAGAGAUCUAUGCCGUGCUUGAAGAAUGUGAUAUGGACCCGGACCGUGCCGUUGAGAGGCUCCUUGCCCAAGAUACUUUUCGCGAGGUGAAAAGCAGACGCGAAAGAAGAAAAGAGAUGAAGGAGGCAAUAGACUUGAGGCCAAGGCGUUAUAAUGUUGAUUUGAGUCGUGGAGGCAAAAUUAAUAGUGAGCAUAAUGUGCACGGUGGAUCAACACAUGGGACUUGUAGUGAACUUGGUAAAGCCGCAGAGAAGGGAGAGGUUGGGUCAGUUUGUCCAUCAGUUACAUCUUCCAUGACUUGUGUUAUAGGGAAAGAUAUGGCUAGCGAUUCCUUUCAUACAGAUAACAGACACCAGUCAUUAGGAUCAGCUGGAGUUCCUUCAAGAUUUCAACCCACUUUGCUAGGAGUGAGCAAAGGGCAUCUUUCAAUGGCAGACAUUGUAAGAAUGGGUAAGCCUUCACAAGAUGCCAUUUCACACCAUUCUAAAGCUCCAGCAGUUUCUACAUCUGCAAAGCCGGAGUCAAGCUUAAGUUCACACUAUUACAAUCAAACCCACCAACAAGAUUUUAAUCAUGAACGGCCUGUAAUUGAUCAGCCAGUAGUUGGCAAUGAGUCACAUGCUUCAAAGUUGUCAGCUUUAUCAAAUGCUAACGUGCCGUCUGACUAUUUUAACCCACAAAGUAGUAAAGAUAGUUUCCUCAGGAACAGUGUAUCAAAUGAAGCCCAAGUUCCUCUGCGGGAUAUUGUUAGUGAUGAUGUUGAUUCUGACGAAAUUGAACCUGGUUUCCUAUCUAGCGGACAUCCUACUAUGAACAAUACUGGACUAGCAUCUCAUUCAAACUAUAACUUAAGGAGCAUUAGUUCCACUGUUUCUCGUAGCUCUUCUGAUCAUCAAAAAGAUGUUGCAUUAGCUGCUUCAGAUAUCCAGCAAUUGAGCUUGAGAGACUCCAAACUGGAAGUUCUAUCAACAGAAGAUAACUCUGCUUUAGUUCUUCCAUGUCAUGUACAAGGCUUGACUGAUAAAUGCUCACAUUUGAGUUUCGGAAGUUAUAAUAGUGGAAGUAAUUCGACAUCUUCUGCAACACUUGCAUCUCAUGCUUCAAAUUAUGGCUUGGAAGUAAAUGCUGCAGCUGUAGAUGGUGGUUUGCUGGCUCAGAACUUGGAUGCCAGCGAUUCUGUAUACCGUGGUGAUAAAAUACUUCGGCAAGAUGUUUAUAAAGAAGCAACAAUUGAUAAAAAGUAUGACUUCCUUUCAUCUUUUCAGCAAGAGCUUGUGAAGCGUACAUCUCAAGAGGCAACCAUUAAUCAUGAAUACACUACAUUGUCAUCCGUUGCUGAUCCUUUUCAAAAAUCCCAGUGGAUGUCCAAUACACUGCCUUUUAAGAGGCCAGGCUUGCAGAAUCGAAACAUGUCUACAUUUUCUAGAGAAAUGGUCAUGGAACCCCAUUUUUCUCUGCCUCAGAGAUCUGCACUUCUCGCAGAUCUCAGAGUGCAAUCCUUCCAACGGCUGGAACCAGAUGAUGAAAGAGGUUAUCAUUCACAAAUCCAGAACCGACAGUAUUUGCCACCGGUUGUGCAGCAAGAAUUUUCGUAUAGUUCUGCAUAUGGUCAUUCUUUGGCAGACAUGAAGUACAGUCAUCCACAAAAUAGAAAUGAACUUAUUAUGAGUAGAUUGACUCCUGCUAGAAGCAGAGAUGCAUUUGGCUAUGGAAAUUCAGGCUCUUCUUAUAAUCCUGGAAACUUUCUGCCUGAUUCAUCUCUUGGCCCCAUGAUGCCUUCUAGUAACUUCGAUGAUAUUUUACCAUCUCAAUAUACCAAUGGACGUAAUGGAAGCUUGAUUCAACAGCAUGGUGGCUUUCCAACGUGGGAUUACGGGCAGGAACAAUUGAGAUCGAUGUCUCUUCCAGAGAGCAUGCGUCAUAGCUCCCUGGGACAACCACGUCAAGCUCUACCUCAGUACAUGACCCCGGGAUAUUCUGAUCUUCAUCAUUCCGGGACAGAGAUUGCAGCACAUCUUCAGCGGCAGGUUGCUUCUCAAGAUUUUUCAUCCAAGCAAUCACAUCAAUUAGGCAACAGGGCAAACAGCAACUUACAUUCUAGUCGUACUCUGCCCCCUUUUUUUCACUAGGGAGUACUCUAGCAGGUUUAGAAGGUGAUUAGUGUUUUCCCCCCCGCUAAAUGCUCGAUUGUUAAUUAAGUUGUACAUACACUAAAGGGAGGUUAGCAUGUCUACUAUGAUUUUGCCUCCUUUUUGUAUUAUGUGGCACGAGUUUUUUCCCCCCUAGAUCAGGCUUUUCUAGUUGGAAAUAUUUUGACUGAAGCAAGAGCAAUGUGAUUUUUCUGCUGUUCUUGUUUUUGAAGUUCAAGCACAUCAAGGUUUUAUGUGAAAUUUCCCAAGGGGAUCUCUAAUACAAUGUUACUCUCUCUGGUUCCAUUUAUUAGUUAUAUUCUAGAA